AUCUCUCACUUCGUCUACCAACAAGCAACCAUGAUUGCAAUUCAGGCUUCGCUUCUUCUGGCUCUGGCCACCAGCGCUUUUGGUGCCGGCCUCACGGGGUACCACGUGGGAUACGGCUUGCCGUACGGCUCCUCGUACUCUGUACCAGCCACUUCGGCCGUGGUCUCCUCACCCGUGGCGUACCACGCCGGUCAAGCCGUCGCGGCAUACCACGGAGGUCCAGCGAUCGCGGCGUACCACGCCGGUCCAGCAGUCGCGGCAUACCACGGCGGUCCAGCGGUCGCGGCGUACCACGCCGGUCCUGCUGUCGCGACGUACCACGCUGCUCCAGUCCUAGCAACGACGGGCUUCAAGACCGCAGCAGUUGUCGCCCCGGGUCGCUCGACCGUCACGACAUACCACGGUGCUCCCACUGUGACGGCCGCCGUCGCAGCCGUGCCUUCUUACACCACGUACAAGACUGCUCCUGCUGUCACCCGCUACUUCCAGUCCGCUCCCGUGGUAUCCGCUCCCGCCUACACCACUGUCUCUAAGGUGACCAAGCUGGCGGCACCAGCUCUGGCUACUGUGGCGGCGAGCCCAGCAUUCGCCACCUAUCAGACCGCCCCUGUCAUCACCCGCCAGUACCACACCUCUCCGUUCGUCUCGUCCGCGGUCCACGCCGUUCCAGCCGUGACCUCAGGAUUCACUAAGGUGUAUCAGUCCGCUCCAGCUGUCGCCACCUACCGCACCGCUCCAGCUGUGACCCGCGUGUACCAGAGUGCUCCAGUCGUCGCUGCCGCUCCAGCCGUCACCACCGCUGUCCACGCCGUUCCAGCCGUGACCUCCGGAUUCACUAAGGUGUACCAAUCCGCUCCAGCCGUCGCCACCUACCGCACCGCUCCAGCUGUGACCCGCGUGUACCAGAGUGCUCCAGUCGUCGCUGCCGCUCCAGCCGUCACCACCGCUGUCCACGCCGUUCCAGCCGUGACCUCCGGAUUCACUAAGGUGUACCAAUCCGCUCCAGCUGUCGCCACCUACCGCACCGCUCCAGCUGUUACCCGCGUGUACCAGAGUGCUCCAGUCGUCGCUGCCGCCCCUGCCAUCACCACCGCUGUCCACGCCGUUCCAGCCGUGACCUCCGGAUUCACUAAGGUGUACCAAUCCGCUCCAGCUGUCGCCACCUACCGCACCGCUCCAGCUGUGACCCGCGUGUACCAGAGUGCUCCAGUCGUCGCUGCCGCUCCAGCCGUCACCACCGCUGUCCACGCCGUUCCAGCCGUGACCUCCGGGUUCACUAAGGUGUACCAGUCCGCUCCAGCCGUGGCCACCUACCACGCCGCCCCGGCUGUGACCGGCGUCUACCAGAGUGCCCCCGUCGUCGCUGCCGCUCCAGCAGUUGCCACCGCUGUCCACGCAGUCCCAGCGACCGUGGCCACUAAGUUCGCCACCUACCACACCGCUCCCGCCAUCGCGCGCUACUACCAGAACAGUCCUAUCCUGGCCGCCACCCCAGCCGUCGCCACCACCAUCCACGGCGUGCCAGCCCUGACCAAUUAUGCCUCUUACCGCACCGCACCUGCCGUCACUCGCGUGUACCAGGCUGCUCCAACUGUUGUGGCCGCUGCUCCAGCUGCCACUGUGACUGCUGUCCACGCUGCCCCCACCGUGACCGCCGUCCACGCCGCCCCUGCUGUGACUACUGCUCACGUUGCCACCGCUGUCUCCAGAGUGACUAAGGUUGACCCCUUCCACGUCAGCGAGCAGCACACCGUCCACACCAGCCCCGUGGCCACCGCUGUGGCUCAUGCCCCACUGUCGACACUUUCCCACGCCCCGGCCUUCGGCUACGGAGUCGGAGCUCUGGGAUACUCCCACGGACUACCAGUCUACGGCCAUAACUACGGAUACGGACUCGACGCUUUCAACUACGUCGCCAAGCUGCACAAGAAGAAGUAGAGGACCCGAAAAGAAAAGAGAACACUGAGUCACCGCUGUUUUAUCGCUGUUGGAAGACUAAUAAGCAAUAUGAAACCUAGAGCAACAAUAUUCAAAUUUUAUAGAAAAUAAAAUGCUUGAUGCAAUA